GAGCAUGUCUGUAAACCAUGAUGACAUUUUUGUGCAAACGAAGGAAAAUGCUCGCCGAGAGUUUUCGUUCGUCGACGAGGACACAAUCCCGUUAAAUGAUUCGAAACCGUUUCCAUUGCAACCUCUUAAACCAACAUCAGCUAUUGUGGUUACGGGAUACAUACCUCCGAAUGCAUUGAGAUUUUCAGUAAACUUAUUAUGUAAAACGGCAAGUAAUAUUGCGUUACAUUUCAAUGCACGAUUGGAUAGGGGAUACGUUGUGCGAAAUACGAAAUACAAAGGUUCUUGGGAGGAAGAGGAAACAUGUUCUCCUGCUGGACAUACCGCCUUUCGGCGGAACACUUACAUUCACAUUCUAAUAUUUUGCACUGUCGACGCAUUUCAGGUGGCUGUAAAUGGAGAGCAUUUCUGUGGGUUUUCGUAUCGGAUGCCACUCGAGGAUGUGACUAGCCUCGAAAUAAAUGAAUCGCUGGAAGAUAUUAGAUGUCGACAGCUCAUGCUGUUCGUUUAUCCAGAUCCAAAGAUAUGCAAGUCGAGCACUUCUUUGAGUUUAAAAAUCGAUAAACCACUCGUUGAAUGUCUCGCUGUUCCUAUUACUGUGGAUCUCGAAAAUGAGUUCAAGAUAGGAACUAGACUCUUUAUCGCUGGGAGAUUGAAACUUCUUCCCCAUUCAUUUUACGUAAAUCUACAAAAGGGAAAAACGAUAUAUCCUCAUCCCAUAAUCGCUUUGCACUUAAAUCCGCGCUUUUUAUAUGGUAACAGCGGGCCAUAUAUCGUAAUGAACUGUUGGUCGAAUGGAUCUUGGGGACACGAGGAAAGACACCAGGGGCAAUUAUCUUGGAUGCCUGGUCGUGACUUUCUUCUGACAAUUCGGUGUGAAUGCGAAGCAUACUCGAUAUGGCUGGACGACAAAAUGAUUGGUGAAAUGAAACACAGGUUACAACCUAAUGUAAUUGAUACCCUUAGAAUUUCCGGAGACAUUGUACUUCAUGAGUUAGCCAUGACUCGUACAAUCAACUGAACAUUUGUUAUUCGUAUUAAUAAAAGAUCACUAUAUAACUAUUUGUCAUAUUAUUUUUUUCUCGCAUUAAUUGUUGCUUGUACCCUAAAAAUUGUACAUGUAUAAGCAACUU